AUGAGUGUCCAGACCCCACGGAAACUCCUUGACCUGGCAGGAACCAGCCUGCUGAGGGAAGAGGCUUUGGCCAUUUCUGUUCUGGAGGAUCUGCCCACGGAGCUCUUCCCACCACUGUUCAUGGAGGCCUUUGAUGGGAGACACAUCGAGACCCUGAAGGCCAUGGUGCAAGUCUGGCCCUUUGUCCGCCUGCCUCUGGGGGGCCUGAUAGACAUGCCUUAUAUGGGGCCCUUACAGGCAGUGCUGGAGGGCAUUGACCUCCUACUUGCCCAGAAAGUUCGCCCCAGGAGGUGCAAACUGCGAGUGCUGGAUUUACGGGAUACUGGCCAGAGCUUCUGGAACAUGUGGUCUGGAUCCAGCACUCAGGUGUCCCCAGACUCCCAGAUGGCACCAGUGGCUGCGGACAGGUCAAGGACAAAGCGGUCCUUGGCUCCCUUGAAGGUGCUCAUAGAUCUUUCCCUGAAGAGAAGGACCCUGGAUCCCUUCCUCACCUACCUCAGCAGAUGGGUGGAGAGGAGAAAAGAUUCCAUACUCCUGUGCUGCAGGAAGCUGAGCAUCUCUGCCAUGCCCAUGGAAAAUAUUAUGAAGGUCCUGGCUCAGGUGCAGCUGGACUGUAUCCAAGAGGUCCAAGUGAAUUGCACCUGGAAGCUGUCCACCUUGGCCAGGUUUGCUCCUCUCCUGGGCCAGAUGACCAACGUGCAGAAACUGCUUCUGUCCCUCAUCUUCAUGUCUGCACUUGAGGAGCAUGAGCAGCAGCAUGUUGUCCAAAUUCUCUCUCAGUUCCUCAGGCUGCACCACCUCCGGGAUCUCCAUCUGGAAUGUGCCUCCUUCCUCGAAGGCCGCCUGGACCAGAUGCUCAGGUGCCUGGAUCACCCCUUGGACAACCUCUCGAUCACCUACACCCUGCUUACGGAAUCAGACAUGACCCAUCUGUCCCAGAGCUCAAACAUCAGGCAGCUAAAAGGCUUGGAUCUGAGUGGUGUCAUGCUGGCCAAGUUUAGCCCUGAGCUCCUCCAAGUUCUGCUGGAGAAAGUUGCAGCCACCCUGCAGGAACUGGACUUAGAUCUGUGUGGGAUCACGGACUCCCAGUUUGAGGCCAUCCUGCCAGCUCUGUGCCACUGCUCCCAGCUCAGGUACUUCAGCCUACGUGGGAACUUUCUCUCCAUGGCCAACAUGGAGAAGAUAUUGCGACAUGUGGCACGGCUGCCCAAUUUAAGUCAUGAGUGGUAUCCCGCCCCUCAGGAGAGUUACAGCCCUCAGGGAGUUCCCCUUGAAGGGAGACUUAAGGAGAUCCAGGCUGAAGUGCUGGAGAUUCUGAAAGACCUAGGACGUACCAGGACCAUUCGGAUCAGCCCCAGCCCCUGUCCCCACUGUGGCGAUGACAUAUGUGAUCACUUGGAGCCCAUCGUGUACUGCCCUGAUACCCAUGCCUAG